CGGUGUCGCCCCACUAGUCGGAGCGCUGCCCCUCCUUCAAGCGCUGGAGAGCCGAACGGGUCCCGGUUCCCUUUUCCUUUUCCUUUCCUCGGUGUCUGCAUUCUGCACCGCUUGACGAGACCACCGAGCAGGCAAUUGACCGUUCCCGGCAUCGAAGAAGGCACCUGGACGAUUCUGCCACCUCGAGGAACUUGAUCCUCGCUCCUGUGCCGGCUCCUCGUCCACCGCCCCCUGGCUGCCGCCGCCGCCACCACCACCACCAACAUGCACAUCCUCGUCACAAACGACGACGGCCCGCCGUCUCCCGAGUCGUCGCCAUACGUCCACUGCCUCGUGCGGCACCUGCAGGAGGCCGGCCAUGUCGUGUCCGUGUGCCUGCCCAACACGCAGCGCUCGUGGAUCGGCAAGGCGCACAUGAUCGGGCAGACGCUGACGCCCACCUACUACCGGCCCGGCUCCAAGGUCCAUGGCGACGAGGCCGACGCCGUGGGCACGACGCACCACCGCCCAACGGCGAGCGGCGACGUCGAGGAAUGGGUCCUCAUCGACGGCACGCCGGCGUCGUGCGUCCAGAUCGGCCUGUACCACUUCUUCCAGGACCGCGGGCCCAUCGACCUCGUCGUCAGCGGGCCCAAUUACGGCCGCAACUCGACGUCCGUCUUCGCCCUCAGCUCGGGCACCCUCGGCGCCGCGCUCGAGGCCGCCGUGUGCCGCCAAAAGGCCAUUGCCCUGAGCUUCGCCUUCUUCGCGCGCAACCACGACCCCGUCAUCAUCGAGGCCGCCUGCCGCCACAGCGUGCGCGUCAUCGAGGCCCUGCACCAGCGCUGGCCCGCCGACGAGAGCGUCGACCUGUACAGCGUCAACGUGCCGCUCGUCGAGGACGUCGAGCGCAACGCCACCAUGUGGACCGACAUGCUGCAGAAUUACUGGAGCGCCGGCAGCUGCUUCGAGGAGGUGGACGCCGACGGCGCCGGCGACCCGGCCGACGAGGAGGCGGCCAUCCGCGAGGGGCCCGGCGGCGAGGCCGACGUCAAGGACGGCGCGGGCGCCGAAGUCAACGCCAAGAGGGGUCACAAGCACAAGUACUUCAAGUGGGCGCCUCGGCUGACGCAGCUGCACAAGAGCGUGGAGGAGUCGCCGCCUGGCAACGACGGGCGGACGGUAAGGGAGGGCAAGACUUGCAUCACGCCGCUAAAGGCCAACUUCGCCAUGGCCGAGGGCGCGUUCAGUCGAAAGGAGUUUGUGCUGCCUCCCCUGGCAGCAGCGGCGCCGUCGCAGCAGCAGGACCUCCCCAUGCGGACAGCCAGGAACCCGGCCGGUGACGGGCCAUCAUCACCGCCCUCCGUACGCGCCAUCGUCGCCUACGAAGACCCCUACGUCCAACCCCUCAUCCUGUCCACGCUCAAGAGUCUCGGGCUGGGGGACAAGCUCGACCUCGUCACGGAGCUGCCCUCGACCACCACCACCACCACCACCGGCGACGGCGUCUCGCUCGCCAGCAUGCUCCCCGCGCCAGACGCGCCGACGCUGCAGAUCACGCCCUACGAGGCCAUCGACUUUGCGUUCGCCGCGUCGCACCCGCGGACGUGCCUCGUCAACAGCUACGUGAUCCGCAAGGCGCUGAUCCGGAAGCACUACCUGUCGGCGACGGUGGACCACUGGGCGGCCAAGAAGCCGACGUCGGUGCUGCGGCGGCACGUGCGUCGCAGCGAGGCCUUUGAGGUCGACUACGCCGAGUUCCUCGACGACGCGCUCGUCGAGGCGUUUGACCUGCGCGAGAGCAUGGCGCGCAACGACGAGAGCAACCACCCCUCGGCGCGCGAGUGGUGGAUCCUCAAGCCGGGCAUGAGCGACCGCGGGCAGGGCAUCCGGCUGUUUAGCACCAUGGAGGAGCUGCAGGGCAUCUUUGACGGGUGGGAGGCUGAGCGGCCGGACAGCGACGACGAGGAUGAUGAUGAUGGUGAUGGGGACGAGGACGAGGGUGGAACCGGGAGACGUGACGGCGACGGCGACUACAUCACGACGUCGCACCUGCGGCACUUUGUCGCGCAGCCGUACGUGCAUCCGCCGCUGCUGCUGGCCUCGGAGCCGGAGCCGCGCAAGUUCCACAUCCGCACGUACGUGCUCGCGACGGGCAGCCUGCGCGUGCACGUCUACCGGCACAUGCUGGCGCUCUUCGCGGCGAAGCCGUACCGCGCGCCGUGGGAGCACUCGCCGGGGGACAUUGACUCGUACCUCACCAACACUUGCCUACAGGAGCAGCAGAAACAGCAGCAGCAGAAACACUCGGUGGCGACGACAAUGGCCUCGGCGACUGGCGCCGGGAACAGCAACACGGUCCGGCGGUUCUGGUCGCUUCCACUGGAGCGCGCCACGCUCGACGACAUCUUCGCGCAGAUCUGCGCCGCCACGGGGGAGCUGUUCGAGGCGGCGGCGCGGGCCAUGCCGGUGCACUUCCAGACGCUGCCCAACGCGUUCGAGGUGUUUGGGCUCGACUUCCUGGUCGACGCCGCGGGCACCGCGUGGCUGCUCGAGGUGAAUGCGUUUCCCGACUUUAAGCAGACGGGCGGCGACUUGAGCGACCUGGUGGAGGGGUUCUGGAGGGGCGUCGCGAGGGAGGCUGUCGCGCCGUUUUUCUCCUUGGACGUGCAAGGGGUGGCAAGGGCUGUUGCUGCUACUGCCGAGGAGGAGGCGGACAUGGUGUUGGUCAAGGACGUUGACCUGGGCAGGCGGUAGGGGAGGAGAUAUGUGAUGAGGCGAGUGACCGUGAUCGUGACAUACGGGGGCGCUUUUUGCGUUGAGCGUUCACCAGUUUUUAGAGAGACAGGAACCCCUAUUAGAAGGUGUCUCAAGGAUAGCAUCCUAUGACAGUGUCAACAGACGUCUGUGUCUGUGUCUGGUCGCAGGAAGACUCGGGAGCAAUCGAUCAUUGUCAUGUACGAACAUACAAAGGGAUACUGGGUUACAAGUGUCGUUCGACGAGAGAGACGUCAACUGGAGUAUCAAGGGGGGUCCGGGCAUCAGCGUGGUUUCGCCGGGCCGGCAAGAUAGAUAGAUGUAGCUACGUACGACGCGACCUCCUGGUCAAAGAGAC